AUGGGCAGGACGGGCCGCACCGCACCAAAGCUCUCCUUGUACCACGGCGCUGGGAGGGUCAGCUUUGUCUCCAGGGAGGCGUCUCUGGGGUCGUUCCGGUCGGACAUGGCGGCGGUGCUGAGUCAGCCGCGGCCCUUGACCACGUGUGGUACUGCUACUCCCGCCGCCGCCGCCGCUAGCGACAGAAUCUUUCAAGCCGCAAAGCGUGAAUCUGAAUUUCUGUGGCUGACGAUUUUCUCCUGUCCUGGAACUGGAUACGGUGCUGCAGGGCGCCCGUCCGACGGAAUCGCGCUGACUGGCAUCCAAUACGGGACGAUUACACCUGCAUAUCACCCGCACCCCUUCGGGCUGCAUGUGCAUUCUGCGUGGUCAGCCCGACAGCCCGAUGCGGAUCCCAGACGGAUGUUCAAACCAACCCUGUCAGUCGGGGGUGACGUUGAUUGUACUUUAUGCGCAGUUUCGGAGUUCAGACAGCGCGCCGGAGACCCUAAUCAUCGAAUCAGUGCGGGAGCUGUUGCUUUCGAGGGUCCGCGGAAUAAGGACUAA